AUGGGGGCAGUGGACCCUGAGACCUGCCAAUCUUCUCCAGUGGAGGCAGUGACCUUUGAGGAAGUGGCUGUGACCUUCACCACGGAUGAGUGGUUUUUGUUGUAUCCGUCCCAAAAGGAGCUCUUCAGAGAUGUGAUGUGGGAAACCUUCAGAAAUGUGUCUUUUGUAGAAAGAAACUGGGAUGACCAGAAAACUGAGGAUGAGUACGAAAGUUGCCAAAGAAAUCUAAGAAGUGAAGAGGUGGAGAAAUGGCAUCAACUUGAAUUAUUGUAUCAAUAUGAAGAAAUGGAUUUUUGGUCUCCAGAUGGUAACGUGUACAUGAAAGCAGUCAGUACAAAACCAGGUGAAAAUCUUGCCUGUAGAAAUCUCAUUGGUCACUCAUCAAAUGUGCCUGUCAUAACUAACACUGAACUCAAAGCAUGUGAAUAUCUGGGAUUAAAGGUAAGCAAACAUGGGGAAACCUGCCCUGAAUUCCAGUCCUUUCAGAAGCAUGCUAAGACAACUCAUGGAGAGAAAGCUUGUGAACAUAAGGAAUAUAGAAAAUCCUACUCAGAUUGGAUUGAAGGAAUUUACAUAGAAGAGAAGUCCAUUGAAUAUACACAAAAUGUGAAAGUAUUUAGUACACUGAACUGUGUUCAAAUCGAAGGAAGAUAUAAUGGAGUAAAUAUAUAUAUGUGUACACAAUGUGGAAAAGCUUUCAGUUCUCACUGUGAUGUUCAUAUACAUAAAAGAGCUCACGCUGGAGAAAAACACAAUGUGUGCAAGGAUAUUGGAAAAUCCUUAAGUAAUAACUCUUCAUCUUAUAGACUUGAAAGAGGAGAAACUGGGGAGAAACGCUGUGUAUGUAAGCAGUGUGAGAAAGCUUUCAGCAGACAAACUGAUUAUGAAAUCCAUGAGAGGACUCACACUAGGGAAAAAACUUUUGUGUGCAAGCAAUGUGGCAAAUCUUUUGGCACGCAGAGUCACUGCAAAAGACAUGAAAGAACUCAUACUGGAGAGAAACUUUAUGUAUGUAAGCAAUGUGGAAAAGCAUUUGCUACACGCAGUUACUGUAAAUUACAUGAAAGAAUUCAUACUGGGGAGAAACCUUAUAUAUGCCAUCAAUGUGGAAAAGCUUAUAUCUCAUAUAGUCUUUGUCAAGAACAUGAAAGAACUCACACAAGGGAGAAACCUCAUGUAUGUAAGCAGUGUGGGACAGCUUUUAUGACACAUCAUAGUUGUCAAAAACAUGAAAGAAUUCACACAGGGCAGAAAACUUAUGUAUGUAAGCAAUGUGAGAAAGCUUUCACGACACGUAGUGAAUGUCAAAAACACAAAAGAAUUCACACUGGGGAGAAACCUUAUGCAUGUAAACAAUGUGGAAAGCCUUUCCACAGACGAAGUGACUGCAAAACACAUGAAAGAAGUCACACUGGGGAGAAACCCUAUAUGUGUAAGCAAUGCGGGAAAGUAUUUAGUUCACACAGUAAUUGUAAAAGACAUGAAAGAAUCCACACUGGGGAGAAACCCUAUGUAUGUAAGCAAUUUGAUUAUGAUCAUUCUUUGUGGACAUAA